AUGGCGGAUCUCGACUUUCCCGCGAUCUAUCUCCUUCCCACUCACCUAGAGGCGGAUCAACUACAUGAGCUCGAGGGAAGAAUUCCAAGUCUGACAUACGACAUCCGCGAGGCCGAGAUCAUCGUCGGGAACAUCUUCAGACGAGAAAGAGCGCUUUUCGAACUCAGGCGAAAGAAGGUACAGACAGAUCCGGUAGAUGUAGCAACUGCCGCAGAUGCGCAUCUCGUCACGCCUCGGAAGCGCAAAAGGGCAUCUUCUGGAAGUGACAGCGACUCUACAGUGUACAUGGAAGAUGGUCAGAGGUUUGGAUCAGGCACGUCGCAGCUCGCUGGAACAUCGUCAGCUCCAGAUGAGUUCGCCGGCGAUGCGAACAUUGUCAAAGUCGUGAAGUUGGCGUGGCUCCAAGACUCGUUUGCGCAGGGCAGGGUUCUUCCGCUUCAUGACUAUGUUCUCUAUGUGGGCAUUAAGCAGGAUGAAGACCGCGCGCCUGUCACUAUUAGGGGAAGUGACAUACUGUCCCGCGCUGCUGCUGACGGUUCAUCUCAAGCACAAGGCAGUCUUUUACCGCAGAAGAAGAAGGCGCAUUCUCCUACCGGGAUGCACCGAUCAGUGCCUUCGUUGAUCAGACAGACAACAUCAGAAAACGCCUCAACACUGAAGCUGCCACCUGUUCCUCAGUACCUCAGAACGACAUAUGCUUGCCAAAGAUCUACGCCAGUUGAUCCUCCGAAUUCUGCAUUUAUCGAUGGGCUCAAGACAAUCAGAACCAUACGGAAACUAGGGGGCGAUCAAAUAGGACCAGCCCGCAAGGUGAGCCUACGAUUGCUGGGAGGGACGUCGAUCAAUGCCUGGCAUAUGUUGACGUCCCAUAUAGAAGUUGCGAGACUACCUGGCUGCGGCGCUAAGAUCGCGGAGCUGUGGCACGAGUGGAAGGAAACCGGCAGGCUUCCUGAGGCGGACGAGGCACAGUCGGACACCAAGUUCGCCGUCAUACAAACAUUUUACGAUAUUUGGGGAGUUGGUGAUGCUACGGCUCGUGAUUUCUAUAGCAGAGGGUGGCGAGACUUGGACGAUGUUGUCGAACAUGGCUGGGCAAGUCUAAGUCGCGUGCAGCAGAUCGGCGUCAAGUACUACGACGAGUUCAAGCUUAAGAUACCUCGAACUGAAGUUGAGUCUAUCGCCGACACGAUCCUAACUCACGCCCGCAGUAUCCACUCGGACUUUCAGCUUGUCAUUGUUGGCGGCUACCGGCGUGGCAAACAAGGUAGUGGGGACGUCGACGUGGUGAUGAGCCACCCGGACGAGUCUGUCACUUUGAACUUUGUCGACAAAUUGGUCAUGAGUCUGGAAAAGACCAGUCAUAUAACGCAUACGCUCGUGUUGAGUAAACACAAUAGCGAGCGGGACCAGCAGCCUGUCAGCUGGAAGGGUAAUGAGUUCAGGGGAAGCGGCUUCGAUUCACUGGACAAGGCCCUUGUGGUUUGGCAGGAACCGGAGACAAGUGGGAAAGGACCGCAAGAGAGGAUGCAUCGGCGCGUUGACAUUAUUAUCAGUCCUUGGAAGACGGCCGGAUGCGCUGUCCUGGGCUGGAGCGGAGAGACGACGUUUCAACGAGACCUGCGCCGGUACUGCAAGAAGCAGAAGAGCUACAAGUUUGACAGUAGUGGAAUCCGGAGCCGGCUCGACGGCAGCUGGGUCGACCUAGAGAGCAGCGAUCUCGGGCGAGCCCCGGACAUGUUGACAGCCGAGAGGAGGGUAUUCCAGGGCCUGGGCCUCGACUGGGUUCCUCCCGAGGACAGGUGCACCGGCUGA